GGGGCGGGCGCUUGCUGUCGCGCGCGCCAGCGCUGCGCUGUGCUGCGCGCCCGCAACAACACACAACACAACAGACCUAACCGCCGUGAGGAGAGGAGCGCCUCGCAUCGCUGUCGCCACGGCCUGUCGCCGCUGCCAGCAGGCCCGCCCCUGACGACGCACACGGCCGCCACCCUGCCCACCCUGGUGGGGCUGACGUCGACCCCCGGGCCGCUCGCGGCCUCCGACACCUCCCCGACAGUGCAGCACCCCGCAGCAGGUCUGGCAGCUCAGGGCAGUGAGCUGGCCCGCCAGCAUCUGAUGCAGCAGCAGCUGCUUGCCCAAAGGCACUACCUCCUGCAGUACGGGUCUCAGCUGGCCGAGCAACACCCAGUCCCCCUGAUGUGCCGCACCGACGAGUCCAACGGCGGCCCCGCGGUGGGCGGCGCGCCCCCACUGGGGCUGGCGCUGCCCGCGCUGCCGCCCGUGUCGCUGGGGACGCCGCCGGGCCACGCCUCGCUGCAGCCGCUCGCCGACGAGCUGGACAAGAUGCACCCCCUCUACUCGCACGGCGUGUGCCGCUGGCCGGGCUGCGAGGUCGUCUGCGACCACUUCCAGGCCUUCGUCAAACACCUGGCGCUCGAGCACGCGCUGGACGACCGGUCCACGGCGCAGGCGCGCGUGCAGAUGCAGGUGGUGUCGCAGCUGGAGCUGCAGCUGCUGCGCGAGCGCGACCGGCUGCAGGCCAUGAUGCUGCACCUGCACCUGUCGAAGCAGCAGGCCUACCACGACCACCUGCAGGCGCAGCUCAACAAUAACAACAACAGCAGCAGCAGCAACAACAACCACCAUCACCACCACCACGGCAGCAACGGCAGCGGCAGCGGGUCCCCCGGAAGGGUGUCGCCCAAGCAAGAGCCCGCCACGGUGCCUCUGUCACCACCGCCGCCGCCCCCGCCGUUGCCGCCACUGCCCCUGCCUCCAGGGCUGGUCCUGGGGCCUAUGGGCCACGCGGCGCACGCCGGCCACGCCCCGGCGAAGGGAGGGCCCCCGCACGGACUGGCGCACGGGUCGCCCCACGGCCCCCCGCCGCCCAACUCCGGCCCGCUGCGCCGGCGACUCUCGGACAAAUGUGCGCUCUCGCUCAGCGGAGGUCUGCCAUACAUGCUGGAGAGAGCUGGGCUGGACGUGCAGCAAGAGAUUCAACGGAACAGAGAGUUUUACAAAUCCGCUGACGUUCGACCACCGUUCACGUACGCGUCUCUGAUCAGGCAGGCCAUUAUCGAGUCUCCCGACAAGCAGCUGACGCUGAACGAGAUUUACAACUGGUUCCAGAACACGUUCUGCUACUUCCGCCGCAACGCCGCCACCUGGAAGAAUGCGAUCCGAACAAACCUGUCGCUGCACAAGUGUUUCGUGCGCUAUGAGGACGACUUUGGUUCGUUCUGGAUGGUGGAUGAUGCCGAGUUCGUCAAGCGGCGACACCUGUCCCGGGGCCGGCCGCGGAACGGCCAGCCCGCCAAGAGCCCCACUAUGGCCGUGAGUCCUACGAUGCACACUGAAGACUAUGAUGGUCACAUGCAGGUGAGCAGGGUUCUUGGAGUGUUCCUUUUUUUUCCUCUCCGCCUCCGCUAG